CGUAUCCCCGGUUUUCUCGACUCUUCCACGUAUCGCGUCUUUCACUCUCACUUCCCUUAACAUGAGGCACCUACCCGAUGAGAUCAUCCUCCACAUAAUCGCCUUCCUGGAGCCGGAAGAACUGGUAAACCUAUCCUACGUAUCCCGCCAGUUCCUAAACCUCUCCCGAGAUAAUAAUCUGUGGAAACAACUAUGCUUCGAGCACUCCGCCGCCGAGCGGCGCCGACGCCGACUGUUGUCGACUGCGGAUAUGGACCCGCGAUUGGCGGAGUUAAUCAGAGCUGCGGAUAACAUUACCGGGGCAUUUACAACGGCGGUACACGAUCCAAGCGCGCCGAGUGCGGAUGUACAGGCACAGAAGAACCAGUCGAAGAGGCGGGCUGCCCUGUUAUCGAACUGGGACCCAACAUAUCCGGGAGAGAAGGUGAACUUCUAUCGGGAAUUCGUACAGCGGCAUGCGCCCCACUCGAUAAGCUGGUUCCAAGACGCGAAACACGGACAUCGCGACGAUAAUCUCCACCGCGAAGCGACGGGCGCGGGCAUACUGUAUGAUCAGGAUGGUUUGGCAGAUAAGCUCGUCGCGCCGUUGGAGGACGGAAGUGUCAGCAUUUGGGAUGCUCGCUCGAGCAACGGGCGCCAGGGCAGGAUUAUUGCUAGGACCGCGAUUGGGCUGCUGCCGAAUAAAGGCUCGGAUCUGGACUACGAUACCAGGCUCAUUCAGAGCCAGACUAUAAUGACGGAGACCGGGGCGGUGGAAUGUGUCAGCAUCGACAGCAGGCAGAAGAAGGGCUUCUUCGCUGUUCAGAACAUACUCACUGAGGUUGAUCUGCGUACGCUUCAGGUCGUCUCUAGGACACCCUACCCAUUUUCGAUCACGGCUCUGUCCGAGGCGCAUCAUCCGACGCCUCUAACGGUUGGGACGAACUGGACAGUCCAUUUGCACGAUACCCGCAAACCUCCACCUGCGUCCUCAUCGGUCCGGUGCGAGCUCAUUGGCGGCUCUGCAGCAGAUUCAUUUUCACGUCUCGAAACUGGCGACUUCGGCGGCCAUGUCUCGCUUGCCCAACCUGGUGCGUUAUCAAUCCUUCAUCUGCCGACAACGCGAGAUUGGGACGGUAACGGCGACAUUUGGCUUGCGGGCCGCUUUACGAGCUUCCUCAACUUCGACCGGCGCUUCUUCCCCCGAUUACGCGGCACGGUCCAUUCGGGUGCUCGACUAUCAUGUUUGACCGCGAUUCCACACCCGUUCAUGCCUCACGAGCUGCGAGUCCAUCGGCCAUACGCCUCACCUGGCCUGCUCCGUGAGGCGAAGUCUAUCCCGGGCCACACACUGAUCGCUGCGGGUGAAUACAAAGGAAAAGGAUCCCUCGAACUAUAUGGGCUGUCUCCCGAGCCUGGUCGCUCUAUCAACUCAUCCGACAACCGCACGACCCGUAACAAUCACGCAUUCUACCAGAACAGACAAACGGCGUCCAGCUCCAAGCUCCUCUCUGUAGCCCAACAUGGCACCCGCCUCGUCUUCUCCGACGGCGACGGAAACCUCAAAUGGGUGGAGCGCGAUGGAUCGACGCCGGUCCGUCAUUUUAAUAUCAAUGACACCGCGGAUUCAUCGCAGGUCGGGCUUGAGGCGGGCUGGGGCGAUAUUGUGCAGAAGAUUUUGCCGACUGUGUCAACCUCGCUGCACUCGCCUCCGAGAGAUGUGCCUCCUGGGCAAGACAAUCUUAUUAUUUGGACGGGCGAUGGCAAGCUGGGUAUGGUGGGGUUUGGCCGCGAGCAAGCGUUCAAUGUGGACCAGUGGGAGGGUGUAGCGGAGGAGCAGCGGAGCGAAGAGUUGAGGGUGAGGGAGAGGGAGUAUGGGGCUGAGAUGCGAAGGGCGUUAGAGCAGCAGGCGAGGGAGUUGAGGUGGUUGAGGGGAUAUGGACUGUAGAGUUACACGUUCGAAUCAUAUCCUUAUCCAAAC